GCUGUGUCCGAAGUGCGGUGGUGUGAAGUCGGCCGCCCUCGACGCGAAGGCCGGCGGAGAGGGGAAGCAUGGAUCUUCCUCGUGUGAAUACGAGAAGAACUUCUGUUAUGAAUGGGUGGAGUAUGACAGACGCAACAUUGUAGGAAUUGACUCCGACUCGGAAAAUGUGAGGCACUUGGUUCGGCCACUGACUGCGUCCCCAUUGUAUAUAACGCCGGAAGCCGUCUGCUCUGAUGAAAGCACCCCGGUCGUGUCUCUUCUAUUUUCUAUUCUUGCUAUAAGUGUGACUUUUGACUUUGAUGAAGAGCACCGGCGGCCGGGUUAGAUUCAUUAGAGACUUAUGUGGCGUUGGUUAGUUUUUUCAGCAUUAUCUAGUAGCUACAGGACUUCUCAGCCCCACCUCUAACCUGGGUUGGAGAUGAAGAAGUGGGGUGGAAAGCGGACGAAACGCAAAGCACACCCAGAACGAGGCAACAGCCCAGGCGCAGACGUGGCGGAAGAGAAGCUGACUCUGGAAGAUUUCGACUUGGGCGGCGGUGUCUUCAGUGGGGGACGCGUUGAGCAGUCUGCUGAAGUUGAAGCUGAAGACCCGAGCGAGCACGCAAAGAAAGGGGAGCCGUGUGUGCCUGUCUCGAAAGCAGACACCGAGCGUGCGACAGGCUCGAAAAGGCGGCGGCUCAGCUCCAGCCUUGAGGCGAGUGCAAGUCCAGAGAUGGCUGACGCGUCUCAGCUGGAAGGCUUCCUCUCUAGUAGCUUAGAGAAUAGCUUGACGGAUGGCACUCAUGGCGCAUUCUCAGGGGCACAGCCAGAAAGCUCCCCCAGUAGCUUUGGGAGUACCUUGCCUGAUGGCGCUCAAAACGCUCUCGAGAAAUCAAAAGACAUUGAACAAAGAAAAACUCCACCAAGUAUCUCGCUAUCCCUCUAGUUCUCUAGAUUUUGCAGCCCCUGCACCAUGCGGCUUGAAGACUAGUAAACAGUAGCCAGCUUGCCCUCUAUCUCACUACCCCUUGCACACGUUUUACUAGCUUAUACAUAUAUGAGCAGCAGGAUUUUUUUUGCAACACUUUCGCCAAGUAAUGGCUUCGCCACUUUGUCACUG